CUUAAAUAUUGAUAGGUCAUUCUUUUUUUCGUUUUAAUUGUCAACGUCAAAAAAAAUAAUCUCGCAAUUUUUAUCAUCCAGUUCAAGAUAUUGUCAUUCAGCGCGACCAUGGCUGUCACCAUUCAUCAUCCUCAGUGAUUAUUACCUAAAACAAAAAAAAUUAUCAAUCAGUGAAUAAAGUUGAAGGCAAACAUCGGUGAAAAAUUAAUAGUGAUGGUAUAGAAAAAAAUCAUCAAUCUUGCUGAGCGUAAUAGCGAAAAAAGUAACAAUAAAGCGUAACAGAGUAUACCGAUAGUGAUAAUAACAUUAAAGUCAGUGGUGCCAAGGCCGUGGAAAACGAUUUCCCUCGUGGUUAUACAUAUCGAUUUCAGUAUUAAUAAUCUAAUCGAGGAAACAAAACCGCAGACAAUUAUUAUUAUUGUUAUAAACGUAACUACGUAUUUUUUUACUCUGCUUUUAAAUACCAUUGAUCGAUUGCGAUGAAUACCCGGGACGAGGACGAGGACUUGGACGAUGAGAACGACGUAGUGAGUAGGGAGGACAACGUCCUACAAAUGCAGCUCGUAGUGGCAAAAAAAGCUCUCCUACCACUUCCUCCUCCACUUAGUGAUCUUGCCGGGUGCAGUCCGAGUUACCUCACAUGCAAGUCACCGGCAGCGACUUUCACGUUUCCGGAUACUCCUAAUCUGAUGGCUGACAGCAUCACGCACCAAGACGAAACUCUGGAUAAUCACAGCCGCAGACCAAGUAACAGCUCGUUGACGGCACAAUUAGGUGGACCAAGUCCGUCUAAAUCCCAGCUGAGUGAUCUUGUUCGUUCGAUCGGCACCCCGGAAGUUUCUUUAGUCGGUACCCCAGCAAACUCACCGGUAUUUCGAAGACAAUCUUCAAUAAGUGAAAGUAUCAUCAAGCAUUUGAGGAAUAUCGCGAUGUCGGGAGACAGUGCAGUUAUUACAGAUGAAGGUGAUGGAGAGAAGUGCGCUUUCAGAGGCCGGAAUAUGUUUUACAGAUCCGGGAAAAAUGAUGACAGUAGGAUUAAUGUUGAUAUCAGAGAUAGUACGAGUCCGAAGAAUAAAAAAGCCUCUGCUGCUUCUGUCUAUCCGAGGUCUUCUGAUCUUACUGUUCGUGAUGCUUUUGGACCAAAAUUGACUCCAGCAAUGUCUGAAGUUAAUUCAUUAGCUGUGACGCCGACCCUUGGGGAUGGUCCAUUUGAUGACGAGCAAGCUGCUAAAAACAUGAAUCAACAAAACGGAGCUGCUGGAGGUUCUCAUGACAUUGAACCUGAUCCUGAAACACUUUUUUUUCGGGAUGGUAGGAGGCGUAUUGACAUGGUAUUAGUUUAUCAAGAAGAAACCGAAGGUGUGAUUACAGAAAUAGAAGCAAGGAAGCGAGAACAACGACGUGUUUUCCAAGAAAAUUUACUCAAAGAAGGCUUACAGAUGGAAUUGGAACCAAAAGAGAAUUCAUUUGACGGAAAAACAUUUUUCCUAAAACUUCACAUUCCCUGGAAAAUAAAAAUUCAGUACGCUGAAGUCAUGAAUCUUAAACUUAUUACCAAAAGAUUGAUUACUAUUUCAGUAAAGGCAUGGGGCGAUGACGGUAUAAAAAGCAAAAAAAAAUUUUGGGAGAAGCUAAAUAUGGGAAGCUGUUUGAAUUUAUUGAAAAAAAUUCAUUCGUGGGACACUAAAUUAUAUCCAGAAGAGCCAAGCUUUUAUGCUGGUCAAGACGCCGAUGGUCAUGAAGAAAGAUUUCUAGUGAAAGAUCGAGAGUCAUCAUACACGCCAGCUCAGAGAUCGUUGAUCGUGAUGCAAAUUCUAUCACGGACGCGGUACGAUGAUGUACACGAAAAAGCAGGGAUAAAAAGGAUUAUUGCUGAUGGAACUUAUCUCGACUGCUUCAGUUUACAUGAAGGACCUUACGAUCGCCCUGGGCCUGAUGGUGUACCUCUAGAUCGUCAUCUUCUCUAUCUCAUCUGGGCUAGACCCUCUCAAUGGUAUAAGAAGCAACCUUUGUGGCUGAUUCGACGAUAUUUUGGCGAAAAAGUAGCGUUGUACUUUGCCUGGUUGGGUUUUUACACACGUGCUCUCUACCCACCGGCAAUCGUUGGAUUGCUUUGUUUUAUUUAUGGACUUGGGAGUAUGGGUGGACCUGACAAUGUACCUAGUCAUGAAAUCUGUGAUCCCAAUAUAGCUGGGAAUAUAACAUUAUGCCCGUUAUGUGAUAAAGCUUGUUCAUUCCGGGCAUUAGGUGAUUCCUGUAAAUUUUCAAGACUUUCAUAUCUGUUCGAUAAUCCUUCUACUGUUUUCUUCGCAAUAUUUAUGUCGUUUUGGGCAACAAGUUUUCUUGAGUUUUGGAAACGUCGGCAAGCAGUUAUUGUUUGGGAAUGGGACCUCCAAAAUGCAGACGGUGAUGAAGAUCCAAGACCUGAAUUCGAAACUACUGUUAAAACAUUCAGGAUAAAUCCAGUUACGCGAGAACGUGAACCUUAUAUGCCUCUUUGGUCACGAGUCUGGAGAAAUAUGGUCACUGGAUCGCUUGUAUUUUUUAUGAUUUGCGUAGUUCUUGGUGCUGUUCUCGGAACAAUUAUUUACCGAGUAUCAUUAAUUGCAGUAUUUUACGGCGGCGGUGGAUCAUUUAUCAGAAGACAUGUCAAAAUUUUCACAUCGACAAGUGCUGCUCUUCUUAACUUGAUAAUAAUUAUGCUUUUAACGCGAGUGUAUCAACGAUUAGCCAAAUGGAUGGUUAAUAUGGAGAAUCCAAGAACUCAAACUGAAUAUGAAGACAGUUUUACUUUUAAGAUAUUUAUUUUUGAAUUUGUUAACUUUUAUUCAUCACUUAUUUACAUUGCUUUUUUUAAGGGAAGAUUUUACGCUCACCCUGGUGAUACAGAUGCACGUUCUUCGGAGUUUUACCGCAUUAAAACCGAUGUGUGUGAUCCAGCUGGUUGUCUUUCUGAACUAUGUAUACAAUUGGCGAUUAUAAUGGUCGGAAAACAAUUAUUCAAUAAUUUCCAAGAAAUAUUAACACCUAAACUAGUGAAUUGGUGGCGUAAAAGAACUCACCGCGCUAGAACAAAAGAUCAUGAUAGACAUUAUACUUCUUGGGAACAAGAUUAUCAGCUUCAGGAUCCUGGUAAACUAGCACUGUUUGAUGAAUAUCUCGAGAUGAUUAUUCAAUAUGGCUUUGUAACACUUUUCGUUGCGGCUUUUCCUUUGGCACCAUUAUUUGCUUUACUAAAUAAUAUUGGUGAAAUAAGAUUAGAUGCUUACAAAAUGGUUAAAGAAGCUCGAAGACCACUAGCUGAAAGAGUUGAAGAUAUAGGGGCUUGGUAUGGAAUUCUCAAAGGAUUAACAUACGCAGCAGUUGUCUCAAAUGCAUUCGUUAUUGCUUACACUUCAGACUUUAUUCCAAGAUGUGUUUAUGCAUUUGUUUAUUCACCGACAAAUGAUCUUGUUGGUUACAUUGAUAGCUCAUUAUCUGAGUUUAAUACGUCUGAUUACCGUGAAGACAUGAUUAGUCCUUCAGAAACACCGACACCCGCAACAUGUCAGUACCGGGGUUACAGAAAUGGUCCAGAUCAUAAGGCAGAUCCAUAUGGCCUUAGUCCGCAAUAUUGGCACGUAUUUGCAGCACGACUGGCAUUCGUUGUUGUCUUCGAGCAUUUUGUGUUUUCAUUGACGGGUAUCAUGAGCUACAUUAUACCAGAGACCCCAAGCGCUAUUACUACUCAGUUGUCCCGUGAAAGAUUGCUGGCCCAAGAAGCUAAAUAUGAAAAAGGUGUUAAAGGCAAAGAAGAAGAAGAUGAUUUGAUAAAUGUACUGAGAGACGCAGGAGCAGUUGGCCGGCAUGGUGGUGUUAAGUACGGCAGUUGGACCCGAAGGUUCAGUAAGCUCAGUGAUAAUUUAGAUGCUCAUAUAAAUGAACCUAAUUUUAAUAACAAUAAUGAUAGUAACAAUAAGCACAAGAGAAUGAGUGAAGCUUCAAGUACUUGGGAGAUGUCAUAAUUUAUAAUAAAGAUAAUUUUUUUUGACUAAAUAAUUGACUUUCCGCAUGACGAAGAGUGUAUUUAUUAAACUUAACUUUUCUUCUCUCUUUUUCUGUGCUGCCAAAGUUAUUAUUAUUACUUUUAAUUGUUUUUAUAUUUGAAGACUGUAAUGCAAGAGAUUACGAAUUUAAUACUAGUCAUAGCAAUUGAUUAUAAAUAUUGGGGUGCCUUGUGGAAAAAUAUUCCCUUUCUUCACUAAAUUCAAUCAUCCUUAUGAGUAUGUAUAUUGUAUAGUAAGGAAGUUGCUUCCUAAUUGUAUUUAAUUUAAUCUAAAUAUUUAAUAUUUAUUCAUUUAUUAACAUAAACUGCGUGUAUAAAUUGUAAAUUGUGUAAUA